AUGUUGGUGCUGCUUCUGUUGUGCAUAUUAAUGUUUUUUGGAUGCUAUUUAGCAGGUUAUAUUCCUCUAGCAUUCAAUUAUUCACCAAGCAACUUACGAAUAAUCACAAUUUUUGGUGCGGGGCUUCUGGUUGGGGCAGCCUUAGCCAUCAUCAUUCCCGAAGGCGUAGCAACCAUCUAUGACAUGCAGGUUGAACUACGUCAUAGUGACGAGAAUGCGCAAAUUGAAAGCCGCCAUCUAGCUCAAGCUGAGGAGGUUAAAUUGGACGUUCGUAAUGCUGCAUUGGUUCCUGAGGCAAAACAAAUCCCAGGUGAACAUUCUUCGUUGAGAAACACUCACGGACUUAUCGGCGUGGCCCUAACUUUGGGCUUUGUAGUCAUGUUCCUCGUGGAUCAUCUGGGUGCCGGUUCCUGCUGCAAAGUCUGCGCACGACCACUGUCCUCCGUUUUCCCCUUUUGUUGCAGAUUUGAGUCCAAGGAUUUAAUCCUGCCCAUUAUUCCAGGUGACGUCGAGGGUGGUGAAUCGUCGUCAAGUGCUCUGGCAGCAGCCGAGCACAGCGCCAUGACCACAACAUUGGGUUUGGUUGUGCAUUCUAUUGCCGAUGGAAUAGCCGUCGGUGCCGCCUUCGGUCUCACUCUUGAUCUCACACUCAUCCUCUUCGCUCCAGCAGCGUUUGGCUUUGUGUCGUUCCUGGUUCACGAAGGUCUACCUCGAAAUCGUGUGAGGGUGUACCUUCUUGCAUUUGCUCUCGCCUCCCCCGUCGGUGCUCUUCUCACAUAUCUAAUUGUCUCGAUCCACACCUAUGCUACUCUGGAUCCCGUUUUAUCGGCUAGUGUCGGCACAUCGACUACGGGUACAGGAUUUGCACUUCUUCUCUCUGGAGGCACUUUUCUCUACGUGGCCACUGCGCAUAUACUUCCCCACUUAAACUCCGAUAAGGCUGUCAGUUCGUCAUCGGGUCUGGCCAACACUGCUCAUCACCGCCAUCAAGCUGGUGAUACUUUUAAACCCUCCGAGUCCUUAGCAUUUGUACUCGGAUGUUGCUUCCCCGUAAUAAUAUCUUUUAGUCACUCUCACUAA